UUGCAGCCGCUGUUAUUCCGACGUCCGCCAUUAUUAAAUCUUGGGUGAGAUUCUACUUGCAAUCCAGCGACUAAAGAGCCAUCUCGUCCUGCAUGUAGCUGCUUCUUGAAAGUAUGACAUCUGGGAAGAACUGUGUGCUAUUUCUGUUUGUUAUUUUGAGUCUGGAGGCUAUCACGGGAGACGAACAUACACAUAAAUACCAAGAUGGUGAAGAGGUGGUACUGUGGAUGAAUACAGUGGGUCCAUACCACAACAGACAGGAAACGUACACAUACUUCUCACUGCCGUUCUGUAAAGGGACAAAGAAGGACAUCGGUCAUUAUCACGAAACAUUGGGUGAAGCUAUUCAAGGAGUUGAACUUGACUUCAGCGGCAUUGACAUUUCUUUUAAAGUUAAUGUUCCACCGUUGGAGUACUGUCAAAUAGAUCUAAGCCAAGAGAAUCAUGAUGCCUUGGUGUACGCUGUGAAGAAUCAUUAUUGGUACCAGAUGUACAUAGAUGAUUUGCCAAUAUGGGGUAUUGUUGGUGAAAUUGGUGAGAGUAAAGACGAGUACUACAUAUGGACACACAAAAAGCUUGACAUCAGUUAUAACAAUGAUCAGAUUGUGGACGUGAGCUUGACAAGUGAAUCUAAAGCCAAGCUUGUUCCUAAUUCAAAACUCAGCUUCACCUAUGAGGUAAAAUGGACAGAAUCGAAGGUUCCCUUUGAAAGAAGAUAUGACAAAUACCUUGAUCCAAGCUUCUUUCAGCACAGAAUCCACUGGUUUUCAAUCUUUAACUCAUUCAUGAUGGUUAUUUUCCUUGUUGGUCUUGUCUCCAUGAUUUUAAUGAGAACUCUGAGGAAAGAUUAUGCAAGAUACAGUAAAGAUGACGAGCUUGAUGACAUGGAGAGGGACCUUGGUGAUGAAUAUGGCUGGAAGCAGGUUCACGGAGAUGUCUUCAGACCAGCAUCACACCGUUUGUUGUUUACUAGCCUGAUCGGUACAGGAUAUCACUUAUCUUCUGUGGCUGCCUGUGUCAUCUUCUUCACCAUCAUGGGAGACCUCUACACCUCGCGUGGCUCCAUCCUGAGUACGACAAUAUUUGUCUAUGCAGCCACAGCCCCUGUCAAUGGAUUUAUGGGAGGCAGUCUUUAUGCCAGACAAGGAGGGAGACAGUGGAUAAAGCAGAUGACAUUAAGUGCUGUGUUGUUCCCCCUCCUGGUUUGUGGAACAGCUUUCAUGAUCAAUUUUAUCGCCAUUUAUUAUCACGCAUCCAGAGCCAUUCCAUUUGCUACAAUGGUUGCUGUAACAAGCAUUGUCAUCUUUGUCAUUCUGCCGCUGACCCUGGUGGGAACUGUGCUGGGAAGAAAUCUGAAUGGUGCUCCAAAUGUGCCAUGUAGAGUGAACACAGUUCCAAGACCUAUACCAGAGAAAAAGUGGUUCAUGGAGCCACUGGUGAUUAUAAUUCUUGGAGGAGUCUUGCCAUUUGGAUCAAUAUUCAUUGAAAUGUACUUCAUAUUCACGUCAUUCUGGGCAUACAAGAUUUACUAUGUGUUUGGUUUUAUGUUCCUGGUGUUCCUUAUCCUGGCCAUUGUAACUGUUUGUGUCACCAUUGUGUGCACGUAUUUCCUUCUAAAUGCUGAAGAUUACAGAUGGCAAUGGACAGCAUUCCUCUCAGCUGCCUCAACAGCUGGUUACGUGUAUCUUUACUCGUUUUACUACUUCUUUUUCAAGACCAAAAUGUACGGCUUAUUCCAGACCACAUUUUAUUUCGGUUACAUGGCUCUUUUCAGUGUUGGCCUCGGAAUCAUGUGCGGUACUUUUGGAUACGCCGGGGCGAGUGCUUUUGUCAGAAAGAUUUACUCUACGGUGAAAAUAGAUUGAUGGAAAGGAGCCUUGUCUGGAAAAUGUCGCUUUGGGUCCGAUGGCUGUUUUUAAAACAACACCGAACAAUAAUCGUUUAUAUUUAUAGGUAUUAAAGUUCCUUUGGUACAUAGAAAAGGAAAAGCGUUCAAUGAGGAGCGACCCUCUGUCCGUUUUCGGCUUUUCGAUAAAACGAUGGACACUUUCGAUCGUGUAACUCGGAAAAGUCUGGGCGCUUGUCGUUUGAAUUUAAUUCUAAACCUUCCGUAAGCAGAGAUCCUUGUCAGUGGGUCCACCUUAUAAUGACCGUUUGUGGUGGGUUAUACGGUCCGAAAGGUGUAAGAGUUUGCGAUAUGUGAUCCUUUGUAACGCGUUUAUGAGGGAUGUUUGCUUUAGGAAGGUUACUCACAAAAAGCUGUGUAAUUACUGGGUGCUUCUCUUUUAUUUUAAUUCAUUCUUUGUGCGUGUCUUCCAUCAUCAGAGUCUAUGCUCGGUUCUUCUCGGUCUUUAUUUGGGCUGUCACGCGUGACGGAAUAAAUUAAGUUUAAGAUCGAUGGAAUAAAGAUUUUCCUUUCACAUGAUAGAGUUUGUAAAAUUUCAAAUCGUGGCUAGUUUUAAUGACUGUUGCAGAAUCAGUUGCUCCAGGCAGUUUCGAAGUCCGGUUGCCAUGGCAACAAACUGAUUUGACAGCUUUCGGUUAUUCUUGCUAUUUACUGAUUGGUUAGUUGAACUCGUGAAGACGUCGGAGGCGACGACAACCUUCAGAAGCGUCAUUCGUUCUUGUACCAUUGCUUUUAACUCUGGUGUCCUCAUCGUCCUUGCUACAAAAUUUAAAGUUGGUUCAAACGCCGCCAAAGGUGUCGAAAAACUCCAAUGGUUGGCCAGGCCAGGAUUGUACUGAAUCUCGAUUAUUAACCCUCUGAGGAAAAGACCAGGAUCCGUAUGAACUGAAACGUGAACUGAACAGCAAUAUUGGUAUUUUGAGCAUUUGAUUUUCAUUAGUAGAUUUUAUUGAUCUUUAGCAGUGUGCAUGUGUCGGUGUUUGUGGAAUGUGAUCUUGUAACGUUCUUAUUAACAAUUACAUUAUGAAGUGGAGA